UAUAUAUUUGCCUACCAAUCCCUGCAACUGCAAAUAUAUACCCAUCGAUCUAUCGGUUCAUAUAUCUCCGGAUUCCACAAGGAGAUCAUGACUUUUGAGUGAGUUUCCCUUCUAAAUUCUUAUCUUCUUCUUCUUGCUAUUUCUCAUUUCUUGCUCCCAAUAUCUCCCAUAAAAACCUGUAUUCAUUAUCACUUCAAUCCAUUCACACUUCGGAAAAGAUGGCUACCAGUAAGAAGCCUAGCAAAGAGAGCAAACUGAAAAGGAUUCUGAAGGUGCCCCUCAAGAUUUUGACCAGCGCCAGGGACUUCUACAUGAAAGGCAUGACUGAAUACUCAGACCAGGUUUAUGUGAUGAGUAACCCUACAGGAAAUCUUAAUAACAUGCCUCGCAGUUACAGUGUCAGCUCCUCAAAAUCAAACCACUUCGAUGAUGAUUACAGGGAGCUUAUAAGGGCUGCAUCCACAAGGAGUACUUUAGGACGUAGCAACAACAUGGAUGUUCGUGCAAGACAGCAAUAUAUUACUCGUGAUAAAAAAUCUGCAGCUGAAGUAGCAGACAAUAUGUCUAGGAGUCGUAGCGUUGCUAUUGGAAGGAUCGACGAAGAAACAUCGACAUGCGACUUUGAUGAAGAUCAGGAUGUCAAGGCUAAGACUGGUCAUGUUUAUCCCAGAAGCAGAAGCUAUGCUGUUUCUAAAAGAACUCCUACUAGGGCGUUUUAAGCAAAGGAAAGAUGAAGAAAGGGGCCCGAAGUUCCCCUCCAUCUUCACAUGUCAAACCUCCUUGAUCUCUUGUUUUUCAUCGGUAUUCACAGUGUCUGUUAUGGCUUGUCUUCCAGCUUUGUCACAUGUACCGUUCGUGUUUUUGUUUUGAAAUAAAUCGAAUUUUAUACUUAAUUUCAAA